AUGGCUCCUGGAAUCCUAUCUCCCGAGAAAAUACAAACGACAAAUUUUGUAUCAACUAGCUUAAAAGAAGAUUCUGGGAUUAAAUCUCAGCGAAACAAAGAGCAUGAGUUGGUUCUCAAAACCUUUCGACUGCUCAUCAGCGACCUCUGUCAGCAGUUCAAUGGUGGCCAUCCAGGCGGCGCCAUUGGUAUGGCUGCCAUCGGAAUUGCUCUCUGGAAGUACGUGAUGAGAUACGCGCCGCUUCAACCAGAAUUUUUCAACAGGGACCGAUUUGUGCUCUCAAAUGGUCACACCUGCCUCUUUCAAUACACUUUUCUGCAUUUGACGGGAUAUCGCGAUAUGACAAUGGAUCAACUCAAGUCAUAUCACUCAAAGCGCUGGGACUCCAUCUGUCCCGGCCAUCCAGAAAUCGAGAUUGAAGGUAUUGAGGUAACAACGGGACCUUUGGGGCAAGGAGUCGCCAAUGCCGUUGGCCUCGCGAUGGCGACAAAGAAUCUUGCGGCAACGUAUAAUCGACCCGGAUUUGAUGUUGUAUCGAAUCACACAUGGUGCAUGAUUGGCGAUGCUUGCCUGCAAGAGGGUGUGGCACUAGAGGCCAUCUCCUUCGCCGGUCAUCUCAAACUAAACAAUCUGACAAUCAUAUAUGAUAACAACCAAAUCACCUGUGAUGGUUCAGUCGAUCUGACCAACACCGAAGAUGUCAACGCUAAAAUGAUGGCGUGCGGCUGGGAUGUGAUAGAUGUCAAAGAUGGGUGCUACGAUGUAGACGGCAUUGUGGCCGCAUUAGAAAAGGCACGAGCCUCGGCAGACAAACCAACAUUUAUCAACGUCAGAACAAUCAUAGGAUUAGACUCAUCUGUUGCCGGACAAGCAGAAGCUCAUGGAGCUGCUUUUGGUGCCGACGAUGUCAAGCGGAUGAAGCGAUCAUAUGGCUUCAACGAUGACGAGUACUUUGUCGUUGGAGACCAAGUCCGCCAAUUCUUUUCGGAUCUACCCAGCCGCGGAGAGCAGAAUGUAUCACAGUGGAAUGAUCUUGUGGGAAAAUAUGCAGAUGCUCAUCCUCUACUUGCCGAGGAGUUCCAACGACGUCGGAGUGGAAAGCUUCCAUCUGACUGGAAGACUCUGAUACCCAGCCCUGACAACUUUUCUGACAAGCCACUGGCGACACGGGCAUCGUCUGGCUUGAUGAUCAACCCUCUUGCCAAGGAGAUCAAUUCUUUUAUGGUAGGCACGGCGGAUCUCUCACCAUCUGUGCAUAUGGCGUGGGACGGUAAACAAGAUUUUCAACACGUAACUUGCGGGAUCAACGGUUCUUACGCCGGUCGUUCGUUCUUCAUGUUCUAUCUAUAUGCGGCACCAGCUGUACGAAUGGGUGCUUUACAACGGCUCAAGGUAAUCCACGCAGCGACUCACGAUACCAUCGGAAUGGGAGAAGACGGCCCAACUCACCAACCCAUUGAGUUGGCGGCACUCUUUCGAGCCAUGCCAAAUUUGCUGUAUAUCCGCCCUGCAGAUAGUGAAGAAACAGCCGGUGCCUGGAUUGCCGCCAUCGAAGUCCAGGAUGCGUCUUCAAUCAUUUCAACGUCACGACACAAAGUGCCACAGCUCAAGCAGACACGCCGAGAUGGCGUUGCAAAGGGCGCCUAUGUGAUUCAAGAAGACGACGAUGCGCAACUCACACUCAUUGGUGUGGGCGCAGAAUUGUCGCACGUCAUAGACACCGCUGUUGUGCUGCGAGAGAUAAAGGGCAUUCGAUGCAGAGUAGUCAGUUUCCCAUGCCAGAGGUUGUUUGAGGGCCAAUCUUUGGAUUACAAGAGAAAUACAUUGCGAAGACAUCGCAAUAUCCCAGCAGUUGUGGUGGAGCCAUAUGCACCUAAUGGUUGGGAAAGAUAUGCGGACGCAAGUAUAAGUGUGAGACGAUUCGGACACAGUCUCCCAGGUCCUGAGGCGUACAAGUAUUUUGGCUUCGAUGUUGAUAGCAUUGUGUCUAAGGUAUCAGAUUAUCUGAUGAGAAUUAGUCAAGAUGAAAUUUUGAGGCGAGAGUUUCUCGACUUGUAG